GAAAAUAGACUGCAACAAGCGGAAGAGAUCGUUUAGUGAAGUACAAGCACAGUACAUAAAUUAUACUUUUGUUUAUGAGUACCAUUUAUUUAUUUUCAAGCAACUCUCUUUCUAUAUAGAUCAAUCAUCAGACACAAAUUCCAGUACUAUGUCCAUGAGUAUGGCUCUUUACAUCUUCCUACCCUUGAUCCUCUUGGCAUUAAUAAUCGUCAUAAUUCUGCUUGUACGCAAAAACAGAGCUUCUAAAGAUAAAGAAUCUCCAAGCAAAGAAAAUAAUAAAGGGAUGGAAAACCAUGAGAACGAUAACCAAACAUUUACAGAGAGUGACGGAUAUACAGAACUGCAUCACAAUCGCGAGCCCGACAAUACCUAUUCAUCUCUGAACCUUUAUGAAAAUCCCGAUGAAGAUUCUGUGUAUGUGAUUGGUAAAAAUAUCAACUAUGUCAAUCCAGACGCACAACAACGUUCUUCGUAUGUGAUUCCCCCGCCUGGUCAUAAUUAUGAAAUUCCAGACAACUGAUAAUGUGUAUUACACUAGUGGCGGACGGUUAUCGCAAGAACAAAAUAUAGUAAUGAGUAGAGAGAAGUGAUCAGCUUCUUGUAUUGCGAGAAAAGAACUGUGCCCUCUGUAAAUAGUGAUGCAACUGCCUGAAAAAUACAAAAAGUCGAAGAUCUAGAUCUUUUACUGGUACUUUUCAGGUAGUUGCAUCAUGUACAGUCUACAUCUGCAUGGCACCCCCUUCUUGUAUUUUGACUGUAAUUUAUAGCAUAUGUCAAUUAUUUUACAACUUUGUAACUCAGUUAUUCAGCUACGAUUCAAAGGGUUUCAGAAAUUAUUGGGGGCAGUUGUCCCCUUCCCUUAGUGUCUGCCACUGCACCUUAGUCCUUUCUGUUCUAAAGAGGCGAUGUAUACAGGAAGCAUUCAGUAAUUUAAGAUUCAAUAUAGAUAAAUAUGCAUGGCAAUAUUCCAUAUAACUAUGAUAGUCAAAAAUGAAGUCACCAUGACGGCUCGCGCUAUUCUGCCUGGUAUUUUGCCAGGAAAUUGGUAGUUUUCAAAUUAAUGAGUGAAGGUUUUAAUGGGAGUGUG